AACGCUAACCCACAAUCGCGUGUUGGCGUCGACUCCGCAGGCAACGGGCUGCUGCUCCGAUAUGGGUGGCGUCGCGUCAGCUGCCAGGUGAUAUCCGUCGUGGGACGUGCAAUCGCAGCCGUGACAGGCAGCGUCAGGGGCCUCCCGUCGCUCGACGCGACCGUUCCCGCGAACAGGGCCACUUCCGCGCCCCGUGGAUGGCCCACAACAAAGUCGUCACUUCGUUAGGCUUCGCUGAAUCCGAACAGCCCAUCGUAAUCGUCCAAAUGACGGACCCGAACUGCACCUCGGUGACGUCCCAGUCGUCGUCGGUGGCUUCCCUGUCUUCGCUGGCCCAGGGAGCCGUGCCGGGCGGGCCUCGGCCCAACGACAAGACGCCGCUGCUCAGGCACACCCGCCUCUUCCGCAGCCUGAGCGGCGGCACCCAGAGCCCCCAGCAGACGUCCUCGCAGGGGUCGUCCACCAACAGGCGACUCGCCACCUUCUCGGGCUGUUUCACGCCGGUCUGCCUGUCCAUGUUCAGCGCGAUCCUCUUCUUGCGAAUAGGCUUCCUCAUUGGCCACUCGGGCCUCUUGGAGUGCCUCGUGGAGAUAGUGCUGGCCUACUCCAUCCUCUUCUUCACCGUGCUCUCCAUCUGCGCCAUCUCGACAAACGGGGCCGUCGAGGGAGGCGGGGCCUACUUCAUGAUCAGCAGGGCCUUGGGUCCAGAGUUUGGCGGUAGCAUCGGCACGCUGUUUUUUAUCGCAAACAUCUUUUCGAGUGCCCUGUACAUUACAGGAUGCGUGGAGGGUCUCGUCAACAACUUCGGGCCUUCUGGCGGGAUGGCACGCCUGCUACCAGAGGGCUUCUGGUACAACCUUCUGUACGGCACGGGAGUGAACUUCUUGAACCUGUUUGUGUGCCUGGUGGGUGCGGCCAUGUUUGCCAAGACGACUGUGGUCAUCUUCGGGGUGGUGAUUGUGUCAGCCCUGUCCGUGGUGGUGAGCUUCCUGGCCAAGCCCCCGUUUGACGUGCUGCUUCCCCAGGAGAAUCAGCUCGUGCAAAGCCUCAACAUCACCCACGCCCCCUACACAGGCUUCAGCUGGGUCACCUUCACCAACAACAUCUGGUCCAACUACACCAUUGACUACACAACCAACACACUUACCACAUUCCCGAUCGUGUUUGGUGUGCUGUUCAGCGGCGUCACCGGUAUCAUGGCUGGUGCGAACAUGUCUGGUGAACUAAAGGACCCUGCUAGAGCCAUUCCCCGAGGAACCCUGUCGGCAGUGGGGUUCACCUUCAUCACCUACGUGGUGCUCAUGUUCCUCACCGCCGGCACUUGCUCGAGGAUGCUGCUGCAGAACAAUGUGCUGUACAUGCAGUACAUUGACCUGUGGCCCCCCUUUGUGGCCAUUGGCAUCUUCUUUGCCACCCUGUCGGCGUCGCUGAGCAACCUCAUCGGGGCCUCCAGGGUCCUCGAGGCCUUGGGCAAGGACGAGCUCUUUGGCAUGGUCCUCCGUCCUGUGAGCCUGCUGACCUACAAGAACAAUCCCCUGGCAGCUGUGUUUACGUCCUGGUUCCUUGUUCAGCUGAUCUUGUUCAUUGGCAGCCUCAACACCAUAGCCCAGGUGACAUCAGUAUUCUUUCUCCUCUCCUACCUGUCCACCAACCUGGCCUGCCUUGCUCUUGAUUUGGCGUCCGCUCCAAACUUUCGGCCGUCGUUCAAGUACUUCUCGUGGCACACUUCGCUGCUGGGCCUGCUCGGCUGCGGCACCAUGAUGUUUGUGGUGAGCCCCCUGUACGCGGCCAUUGCCAUCAUCGUCUGCCUGGUGCUGGUCAUCGUGCUGCACCUGCGGUCGCCUCCCGUCCGCUGGGGCUCCAUCAGUCAGGCGCUCAUCUUUCACCAGGUGCGCAAGUACCUACUGCUGCUGGACAGCCGCAAGGACCACGUGAAGUACUGGCGCCCCCAGUUCCUGCUGAUGGUCGCCAACCCGCGCUCCUCACUGCCCCUGAUCCUGUUUGCCAACGACCUGAAAAAGAGCGGCCUGUACGUGCUUGGCCACGUCAAGGUCGGCACGCCUGAGGAGUUCGUGUCCGACCCUGUCCUGGAAGAGUACCCCUUUUGGCUCGCCCUGCUCGACAGGCUCAAGGUGAAGGCCUUUGUGGAGGUGACAAUGGCCCAGUCUGUCCUGGAUGGGCUCCACCACCUGGUGCGGGUGUCUGGCCUAGGCGCCAUGAAGCCCAACACCAUCCUGUUUGGCUUCUACGACGAGAGCCAGCCCACUGAUUUUUUCGAUCAGAACAGCUCCUUCAAGGACCUACGUACUGCCAAGGUCCGCGAAGAAGAGUUCCUGGGCCUGCGAGACGACUCGAGCCGGCAGCGGGGCCUGGGCCCCGCCGAGUACGUGGCCAUGGUAUAUGACUGCAUGUUCUGGAUGCAGAAGAAUGUGUGCCUGGCACGCCACUUCCAGCACCUGGACAAGGCGGCGGUGGUGCGCUCCCCGCGGCGGCUCUUCAUUGACGUCUGGCCCGUCAACUUCCUGUGCCCCGAGGAGGGUAGCCCCGGCAACAUCGACAACUGCUGGCUCUUCACCAUGCAGCUGGCCUGCAUCCUGCACAUGGUACCCGGCUGGAAGCACGCCACCACGCUGCGCAUCUUCAUGUGCGUGGGCGCGUGCGGCGCCGGCGGGGACGGCGGGGAGGAGGUGGCACGGCACCGACGACACUGGGAGGGUAUGCUGCAGCUGCUGCGCAUCGAGGCCACCAUCAGCGUGGUGCUCUGGGACCACGUGGCAGGGCUGCUGGACAAGGACGGUCCACGGGACGACUACUUGCGCGCCGUCAACGCGAUGAUCAAGCAGCACAGCCAGACCACUGCCGUGCUGUUCCUCUACCUGCCCCCUCCACCGCCUCCGCCUGGAGCUGCCGGGGACUACAGCCAGCGGCUUGCCUACCUCGACCAGUUGGAGCUCCUUACAUCGGGACUGCCGCCGACCAUGCUCGUGCACGGAAUUUCUCCCGUGACCUCAACGACUCUCUAGUGCUCGUGCGCGCCAACGCGGACGUGUGUAUGUGUGUGUGCAAGUGCGGGGCCGCGGGAUUCGACGCCCUUCCCGAGAAGUGUGCGGAGAACAUAAACUGCGGAGGGGGCGCAAAGAGUGGAAUGUUUGUAGCCUCGUUACGUGUUGCGGGUCGGCGUUUAGGCUGUUUCGUCGUGCCCGUCUUUACGGCGUUGGGUGCGCGAAGGCUCCACCGACUGCUAGCCGUCUGGCAACGAGCGAAAUGCAUGGAUCGCGUUUUCUUCGUUGAUAUUUUUCUUUGUUUGUUUUCUUUUUUUACCUCUGACUUACUUUGACUUUGGAAUGAUUUGUUCUUUAACUGCGCUCUUUGAUGGAGGUUGACUGACGUUUUUUCAGCCUUUGCCACAAAAACAAAGAGUUUAUUGCGAAGGUGAGGACCACAUAAUUCUUGUGGGGAACUGGGGCCCAUAUUUGGAAGCCCACUCCCACUUUCACCUGGAAUCUUCUGGUCGUAUUUAACUCUAGUUUGCUUUACGGGCUCCUUUCUCUUGUUUGGGAGCAUAAUCUCUCGUGCGGCUCGCAAUGACAUAUCAAACAUCGAAGGGAGGAAUGCCGAAAUGAAGUUAUCUGAAUGAUGUCAACUUGGUUGAGUGUUCUGUGAGGUGCGAGUGACUUGCAAUCUUCAAAUGAUUUUAUAGCUCGACGUUUUUUUUUUUAUUUUUUUGGUCGACGUUAGUCUCGAAGGGCUUUUCCCGCUGUUGUAUGGACUAACUACCGCUAUUUUCGCUUUCAGAGAAGUUGUACAUUCACUCCAAUGCAAUAAGCACAGCAACAUUGUAUUUAAUUACACCAUGAUUUCUCACAACCUGACUUCUUUGAUUGUCUUUCUCUUUUUGCCGCCGUUUUGAUUAUCUUUGAGGACAUUCAACUUGUACAGUCACCAUUUAUUAUAUCGGCAUCGUGAGGCAUUGAGUCGACUCUUAUUAUCAGCGUUUGUGCUGCCAGUUUCAAUCAGGCCCUUUGUUAUAUUUUGUGUUAUACACUGUAUUGCAUGUCCCUCUCUGAAUAAGGAAGAGAAUGUUCUUUUAAAUGCUCUAUACCAAAUAUCUAAUCACGGCCAUUUCUUUUCUUUUUUAAUAAAAGUAGGUAUAUUAAUAAAAAAGAACAAUAGCAAGCAAGCACCUAUAAGCCAAAAACACAACAUUUUAAGGCCACCUAUGAAAGCUUUGUCUGGGGUUGGGUCAUACGGAGAAUGUUUGGUGCAGUCUCGUAUGGGAUAUACUCUUCGCAAAGCCUGCACAAACUUUGAAUUAAAACGGCGAUGAAUAUUCAAAUUAGUCAGCGCUUGCUUGUCGUCGUUUAUACUCCCACUGACUUGACAAAUUUUGUAAAAUUUUCAAAAUGUUGCAAGACAUCUUUGAGAUACAUCUUCACAUACCCACCAAUAAAGUGCUUUCCCUUUUUGUAUAUUGAUUAAUAUACAGUAUGAUGUGCAAAAGAGGCAGCGGCAAUAGAAUGCCAGGAAUGUGUGCAUGUAUUUACACUCAUACCUUUAAAGGGGUACUCCGCCGAUUUCUUCAUGGUCCCCGAUUUGCUUGAAAUUUUGCUAAACUCGCCGAACAACAUUGCCAAAAUAGUAUCCCAAAUAUUAGGUCAAAAUAAUUUUUAUUCACGAAGUUAUUGAAUUUACAAUUUUGGUCCUCACCGUGUUUUUCAAACUGAAAGUCUCUACUGGCAACAAUGAAAAAGUGACCUCAGUGGAAGUGCAGGGGUUCACUCUUUGGACUCUAGAAUUUGUUCCCAGCUGAUUCGAAGCAGUUUCAUGGUGUCAAAUGAAUGCUUUGGAAGCUCGCUCCAGUCCCCGUGCUCCAGCACGGAACAAAUGAUUGGCAUAUUCUAUUUUUUAGACUGCUCGCCCGACUGGUAAGCUUACCUUCCACUGACGUCACGGCCCUGAAAUAUUUGAAUGUUUGUUUUUGCAUCAUUUUCAUUUGCCGAUUUCGCAAUAACUAUUAUGAAUUUCACGAUACUAAAUAGCAUACCAGAAAGGGUAAAGGCCGGGGAGUCAGAAAAUAUAGUUAGUUGAGGUAGCUCAAAAAUCGGUGGAAUACCCCCAUAGUGCUGCAGGGAUUCCCGAGACAUGCUUUUCCUGUGUUCUGCUCAUCUCCUUUCCUGUUUCUUGACAGGAAGCAUUCACUCUGUUCCAGUUCCGCUAUGGUUGUGCUGUAAGCUUUUAAGCUAUUUUUAUAUUAAACAUUAUUUAAAAUUG